AGUUAUCGGUGUGCUAUCGAGAAACAUUCGUCUCAAAAUGGCGUCUCUAAGCAGAGUGUGGAGAAUUGGAAGUAAAGUUUUAACGGGAAGUUCAUCCCUUGUCCGUCCAAAUUUGAGGUCAAUUCCUUGCCGAGUUUACAGUUCUACUACGAAAAAAGUUGAACAGUCAGAAUUUGUAAUCGGAAAACAGACAGAAAUCGACCCUGCGAGGGUAGAAGAGAUCAUCAAAGAAGGCACCCGUCUCGAAUCGGACUCCGAUGCAUCAGAUCCCACAUACGUAACACAUGGAUUUCAUGAUGACCCCUACUGGGACACGUAUGCAUACAGAGUGAUCUUUUUUACAACCAUCUCCAUCGUCAUGGUAUUUGGUCCUGCUUUUGUGCACUACUUACCCGAUCCGACUGGAAGGGAAUGGGCGAGAAAAGAAGCACUGGUUGUCUUGGACGAGAGGAGAGCAGCAGGAGCACUGGUCAUCGACCCCAACUUCAUUGACCCCAGCAAACUGGUUCUACCCGAGGAGGACCCAGAGCCUCUCCGUACAGCAUAGAUUAAUCAUAGAGUGUGUUUAUUUGUGAAUUGUAGCAUUGGUGAUGUGGUGGAGAGGAGGGAGGGUUAGGGGUGUCCUUAACUGCUGCAUGUAUGAUACAAAGAAAUCAGUGUUCGAGUUAUACCUGUGUAAUGGCCACUCAAAGUAAUCGCGAUAGUGGUCUCGUAGACUUGUCGUCUUUCUAUUGAGGUUGUUGCUAAGUAGGUUAGACUGGAAUAAAUCAAGGGGGUGGGUGAAAAAACCUGUAACUGUCUGUCCCAUUUUCCUUUGUAAUUUUGACUUGCAGACAAUAUGUGAUGCACAUGAUCUUCUGACUUUUCAAGUCCGCACAUUGCAUGAUGCCAAGGUGGAAGAGUUUUCCUGUAAUUUGAUAUCACCAUAUUAGCUGUAUAACUAAGAAAAGAGCAUGAAGAUGUUUUAAAAGUAAAAGAGGAGGCCUUCUGUCAACGUUAUUCCAUGAAUAUGUUCUUUAAAAUGACUUGAACCCUCUUUAACAGUCCUCUUCUGUCAGUUAUUUCUUACACAAAUCCUUCCACAACAUAUUUCUACGAGUCCCCUCGCCUUCUGUAUUGGCACAUCUAAUCCAUGGUCAGCGAUUGCUUUAGAAUGCUCUAAUCUAUUUGUUUACCUCAUUUCAAAUGUAGAUGGUAAUGAACGGGAGCAUAUCAGGGAAAGAAAAGACAUUUCAUCACAUAAGAUGCCCAUCAGAAAAUAUUGGAGUUUAAAUGUUGCAUGGUUCUCGUUACUAGAACUGCAAUAUAUUAUUUACCCAAAUUGUUUUGAGAAAGGGUCAUCUUGUAGAACUUGGAUUAUCAGAAUGGUUGUGUGAGUUGAUGGGCUGCAUAUGAAGUACACCCUUUUGGAAGUGAUGUUUAUGAGAAUUAUUACUCAGGGCUGCACCAUCAGAAAAUCUUGUGUAUCUGAUCAUCAGGCAGAAAAACAAUGUAUUUUGGGCAUUCCAGUAUGAUGUCUUCUUGUUUAUUCAUACAGGAAUAAUUUGAAAUCAAAUUAUAAUAUUAAGGCAUGUAUUUACCUACAAAAUUGACAAUGUCAGUCCCUUUUGGUCAUGUACCCAAGGUGACAUGACUAUGUUCACCACACAUCCAAAUUUUUGCAGUCAAAUGCUCCUGAUUUUAAGUGGAUUUUAUGUGUAUGAAUUAAGGAUGCUUGAGCUAUGCCAUUUUGGAUAUUCAAAGGUAUUGUAUGAAAUUAGUGGAUGGCUAAGAUUAUCAUGAUGUGCAGAAAUGUACACCAUGCGUGUAUUAUAAAUUAAAAAGAGUUUACAACUUUAAA